AUGGCGGUGUCAUCUGCAAACUUCUACACCUACACCGUCUACACCUGUCCACGCCUGUCUACACCUGUCCACGCCUGUCCACGCCUGUCUACUCCUGUCCACGCCUGUCCACGCCUGUCUACGCCUGUCUACUCCUGUCUACUCCUGUCCACUCCUGUCCACUCCUGUCCACGCCUGUCCACUCCUGUCCACGCCUGUCCACUCCUGUCCACGCCUGUCUACGCCUGUCUACUCCUGUCCACGCCUGUCCACUCCUGUCCACGCCUGUCUACUCCUGUCCACGCCUGUCUACUCCUGUCCACGCCUGUCCACUCCUGUCUACUUCUGUCUACUCCUGUCCACGCCUGUCUACUCCUGUCCACGCCUGUCUACUCCUGUCUACGCCUGUCUACUCCUGUUCACGCCUGUCUACUCCUGUUCACGCCUGUCUACUUCUGUCUACUCCUGUCUACGCCUGUCUACUCCUGUUCACGCCUGUCUACUUCUGUUCACGCCUGUCUACUUCUGUCUACUCCUGUUCACGCCUGUCUACUCCUGUUCACGCCUGUCUACUUCUGUCUACUCCUGUUCACGCCUGUCUACUCCUGUCUACGCCUGUCUACUCCUGUCCACGCCUGUCUACUUCUGUCUACUCCUGUCUACGCCUGUCUACUCCUGUUCACGCCUGUCUACUCCUGUUCACGCCUGUCUACUCCUGUUCACGCCUGUCUACUUCUGUCUACUCCUGUCUACGCCUCAGAGCUGCAGGUGACUGGAUACUCCCACAAACCUGUAUGUAUAAAAGGAGAGGAGCCACUCACUCGUCACUGCCUUCAUCAAAAGAGCAAUUCAUCUUUGGAACUUCUUGGCUUCGUCAAAAGAGCGAAAAUGAUGGACUAUGAAGUGACUGUAUACACUGGGGAUUUCCUCAGUGCCCAUACUUUCAACGAUGUCUACAUCAAUCUGGUGGGCACAGAUGGAAGGACCAAACGCAGUUUGCUCAAUGGAUUUACAUCCUUCAUCGGAAUAAAGCCUCAUUGUACCGUGUCCUGCCCAACAUCCCUUGGAAAGCUGGUCCUGAUAGAGCUCCAAAAAGAGUGUCAAUCAUUUUUCCUUAAUAAAGCCUGGUUCCCUGCCAAGGUGGAAGUGAAAUCCCCUGAAGAAAAGACCUACAUCUUUCCCAUCUACGAGUGGAUCACUGACAGUGAGGUGCACCGCUUCAGAGAGGGAACAGCUCUGACAGACAGGGAAGACACCAGUUUUCUUGGCAGCUCCAGUCGGGAGCAGGAGCUGAAGCAGCGAGAUCAAGAAUAUUGCUGGCAUGUGUAUGCAGAGGGACUACCUCACUGCAUAAAGGAAAAAAACCCUUUUCUUCUGCCCUGGGAGGUCCAGUUCUCCUUCACCAAGGAUAAAGAUUUCAUCUACAAUGCAAUCACAGGGCUGUUUGGGCUGAAACUGAAGAAAUGGGUUCAUUGGAUUCGGAACUGGACUAGUUUUGACGACAUCCGUCACAUCGACUUUAAACAGACCAACAUAUCAAAAUAUGUCCAAGAACACUGUAGGGAUGAUGCUUUUUUUGGCUACCAGUUUCUGAAUGGCAUCAACCCCAUGAUGAUCCAACGUUGUACAACUCUGCCCGAUAACUUUCCUGUCACUGAUGACAUGGUCUUCCUCAGUGGUCAGGGUACACUGGAUGAUGAAAUGAAGAGAGGCAACAUCUUCCUGUGUGACUACAAGUGUUUGGAUGGAUUGAAAGGAAACAUCAUCCAUGGGAAGCAGCAGUACGUGGGGGCUCCGCUGGUCCUUUUGCACAAGAGACCUAAUAAUGAGCUGAUGCCAAUUGCUAUUCAGCUGAAGCAGACUGCAGGAGAGGACAAUCCCAUCUUUACUCCUGCUGAUUCUGAGUACGACUGGUUGACGGCCAAGAUUUUUGUGAGAAGUGCAGAUUUCAACGAACAUGAGCUCAGCUCUCACCUGCUGCGCACUCAUCUGCUGGCCGAGGUUUUUGCCGUGUCACUGCUGCGCAACGUGCCCUCGGUGCAUCCACUGUACAAGCUACUCAUUCCUCACAUUCGCUACACUCUGCAGAUAAACAUCUUGGCUCGUGGUCAUCUAAUAUCUGAGCAUGGAAUUUUCAACGAGAUUGGAGCUUUAACUGCAGAGGAUUUGACCACAAUCCUGAAGAGAGCGAUGUCCUCGGUGACCUACAGCUCACUCUGUAUACCAGACGACAUCAAGAAGCGUGGGCUGGAGACUGUGCCCAACUUCUACUACAGGGAGGAUGGACUCCAGCUUUGGGAAAUCAUCCACAGGUUUGUGCAUGGAGUGCUGAGCUACUACUACAAGAUUGACGAUAACGUAGAGAAAGACUCUGAGCUGCAGAAGUGGAUUCAGGACAUUUUUAAACAUGGAUUUCUUUCAGAAGCAAAGACAGGGAUUCCACAGAGAUUUACCACCGUGGCUGAGUUGGUCAAGUUUGUCACCAUGGUGAUCUUCACUGGCUCAGCACAGCACGCUGCCGUGAAUUCUGGACAGUAUGACUAUGAUAGCUGGAUGCCCAACACUCCCACCUCUCUGCAAUGUCCUCCACCAACCAAAAAGGGGACGACAAGCGAGGACACAAUCCUGCAGACAUUCCCUGAUGUCAACGCAACUAUUAAGGGAAUAGCCACCGUGUGGCUCCUCAGCAAGCAGUCUACUGACUUUGUUCCUCUUGGCCACUACCCGGAGAACCGGUUCAUUGAGGAGACUCCCUGCCUGCAGAUAAAGGAUUUCCAAGGAGAGCUUGACAUGUUAAGUGUAAACAUCCAAAAUAGGAACAAGAGUCUGAAAGUGCCAUACACAUACCUGGAUCCAUCAAGCGUAGAAAAUAGUGUGGCCCUUUGAGUAUCAGAAGGAGGGACCUUCUCAGCUGGGAGGAACUGCAUGCUCUGAUACUAACUGAUAAUACAGUACUAUUAAACUACUGCAUGUGAUCAUUGUACGCUGAUCUGAUUUUUAAACAGCCUACUUGGUGAAAAUAUACUGCUCUAAAUCACAAACCACAUUUUAAUCUUAUUCUUGGCAUUUAAUCAAAUCAAAUUACUGUUGGAAAAAUAUUAUUUUGCAUUGUGAUUGUAACACUUUAGAAGUAAACUUACUGUCAUAAUGAAGUAUAAAUGAGUGUAGAGACCUAUGUUAUAAAUUUACUGUAGGCUGUGUAAUGUGUAAUCUCUGAGUAAACUGUGCGUCUGUUUCAUCUCGUAACAGAACAUAGGAUGAUUCAUUCAGUAGAAGAAGGGCGGUUCUGUCACCAGUGAAAGAGAUGUUGUUUCCUGUUCCUGUGAGGGAUUUUUUUCUGUCAAUCACCUGCCUGUCGUUAGACUUGUUUUCCUCUCAUGCUGCAUGUAAUAAAGAACUGAUACUUAACAUCAA